UAAAAUACUAUCUUCGCAUGAGUGUAUAGUAAAUUGUAUAGAAUAUUAAAAAAGUACGAUAUCCUUACUUACCUUUUCUUUGAAAAGGAAAUACAAGAAAGAUGAGCAGUAGGUUGGUUUUAUGAAAAAAGAAUAAGAUAACAUCGUUCCAACAACAGGAGUGAUAUCAAAAUAUCGCUAGAUUGUUACAUACUUUCUAUCGUAGUUUUGGAAAAAAAUAUUGCAGCACAAAAUUUGUAUUUUGUAGCUUGCGCUUCCAUAAAAAAUAUGAAUUCUGUCUGUGUUUUUGUCUUACAUUCUUCUAUUAUACAAUUCACUUAUUUCGCGAUAAGUGUUUAAUAUAACGUAUAACAAUACUCCUAUAUUUCAUGUAUCUAUAGUCUCAUCAAUUUUUCAUCGCGUAAUAAGAGAAAAGUGUUAAAUGAUGGAAAUUGUUAAAUUACAUCCAUUUUUUAUUCAUCCAUAUUAUCUUAACAGUGUAUAGAUAUAGAAAAAAUUGUAUAAAACUGAAGACAUUCAGUGCACCUGUCGGAAGAUCAGUUGUUUCAUUACCAAAGCUGCUCCAUUCGCGGCGCGACAUGGUAUUUGUAGGCGCACGCUGUUUGAAGCUUCAUCGAACUAUGCUUAUGAGUGUGGGAUUAUGGCCAUAUCAGAAACCAUUCAUCUGGCGAAUACAAUCAGUUUUCUUCUUCAGCAUGUACUGCUGCAAUUUACUUUUUCAGUUUACACCGUUCUUAACAACAACUUGUGACAUGGAUUGUAUCCUAAAAAGAUUUUCUUAUAUUUGUAUUACUUUAGUUUAUAUUAUGAAUUACUACUCAUUCUAUUUCAAUUCUGAAGCUGUAAAGCAAAUGUUGGAACAUAUACAAUUGGACUGGAAAAUGUAUGGUAAUAGUGGCACAAUGAAAAUCUUUGAAGAAUAUCUCUUUGAAUCUUAUAUUUUCGCAGUAACUCUCUGCAUUUCUCUUUUCCUAGGUGUAUCUGGUAUUACGACUUUUGAAUGUAGAUCUAUCAUUCUUGAUGUUAUCAUACCAAUGAAUGAAUCGCGACCACGUAAAAUUGAAAUGGAUCUCGAACUUUUCAUCAAUGAGGAACAAUAUUUUUUUGUUUACUUAGUACAGCAGGUAGUAGGAGUGGCGUUGGGUAUCUGGUCAAUGAUUAUGACUGGAACGGUCAUAAUUACAGUAGCGAAACAUUCAUGUGCAACAUAUAAAAUUGUUAGUUAUUUAAUCCAAAAUACAGUAACCGUCUAUACGUUACAACUUCCUGUUGUUCAAAGAAUACAACACAUGCAACGGAAUAUUUGUUUUUCAGUUUACAUUCAUAGAAGAACAAUGGAGUUCAGCCAAAACUUGUUACUUUCGUUUGAUAUGUGGUAUUUCCCAUUACUUUUAGUUGGCGUCGUGUCUUUAAGUUGCAUUCUAUUUCGCCUAUAUAAUGCUAUAAUGCAGUUCAACGACGUCUUUGAUAUUUUACUGUCAUCUGGAAUUCUAUUUUGUUAUUUACUAUAUAUGCUUAUGGCGAAUUUUCUUGCACAAUCUUACACUGAACACAGUCUAGGAAUAUUAGAAUCUGCAUAUGAUACUCUUUGGUAUGUAGCGCCACUACCGAUUCAGAAAUUGUUCUUGAUCAUGCAAAAAUCUAUAAGGGCUCAUAAAGUAGUUUUAGGUGGUCUUUUUGUUCUGUCCAUAGAAGGAUUUUCUACGCUUAUGACUUCAGCUAUAUCAUAUUUUACCGUUAUGCACGCCAUGCGUUAAUGAGUAUAGUGUGAUGAAGAAAAUAGUGAAGAUGUUCAGAGUUAAUCAGAGUAACAAGAAGUAGUUUUUCAGAGCAACGCUUACAUGCAUUAUAUUUGUUCUUACAAAGUUCUUACAAAGAUAAGUGAUGAAAGCUUUGAAAGAAAGAUAGUAACUACCUAUGUUAUACCUAUGUACGGUAGAUGUACGUCAGAAAUUGGCACAUAUCGACUAUUUCGGACAAGACGUGAUUUCAUUAAAUUUGGCAGUAUAAA